GGAAACCAAGGGAAGGUGCCCCGAGUCAGCGCGUGGGUCCCGGCAGCGGCGAUCGCGCAGCCAAUCCCUAGGAAGGAGGGCGUGGCUAUCUCGGCGCCGUGGAUCCCUCCGCUCGUGCUUGCUGCUCUGAGGCCGAGGAGCCGCCAUUUUGGAUGCUGAACCCGGAUUCUGAAGUCGGUGUUUGCUGCAUUCACGGCAGGAUUCGGUUAGGAGGAACAGCACAGCAUGCUGGGCUCUGGAUUUAAAGCUGAGCGCUUAAGAGUGAAUUUGAGAUUAGUCAUAAAUCGCCUUAAACUAUUGGAGAAAAAAAAAACGGAACUGGCCCAGAAAGCGAGAAAGGAGAUUGCUGACUAUCUGGCUGCUGGGAAAGAUGAACGAGCUCGGAUCCGUGUUGAGCACAUUAUCCGGGAAGACUAUCUCGUGGAGGCCAUGGAGAUCCUGGAGCUGUACUGUGACCUGCUGCUGGCUCGGUUUGGCCUUAUCCAGUCUAUGAAGGAACUAGAUUCUGGUCUGGCUGAAUCUGUGUCUACAUUGAUCUGGGCUGCUCCUCGACUCCAGUCAGAAGUGGCUGAGUUGAAAAUAGUUGCUGAUCAGCUCUGUGCCAAGUAUAGCAAGGAAUAUGGCAAGCUAUGUAGGACCAACCAGAUUGGAACUGUGAAUGACAGGCUAAUGCACAAGCUGAGUGUGGAAGCCCCACCCAAAAUCCUGGUGGAGAGAUACCUGAUUGAAAUUGCGAAGAAUUACAAUGUACCCUAUGAACCUGACUCUGUGGUCAUGGCGGAAGCUCCUCCUGGGGUAGAUACAGAUCUUAUUGAUGUUGGAUUCACAGAUGAUGUGAAGAAAGGAGGCCCUGGAAGAGGAGGGGGUGGUGGGUUCAUAGCACCAGUUGGUGGACCUGAUGGAACGGUGCCAAUGCCAAUGCCCAUGCCCAUGCCAUCUGCAAAUACGCCUUUCUCAUAUCCACUGCCAAAGGGACCUUCAGAUUUCAAUGGAUUGCCAAUGGGGACUUUUCAGGCCUUUCCCAAUAUUCAUCCACCUCAGAUACCAGCAACUCCCCCAUCGUAUGAAUCUGUAGAUGACGUUAAUGCUGAUAAGAAUAUCUCUUCUGCACAGAUUGUUGGUCCUGGACCCAAGCCAGAAGCCUCUGCAAAGCUUCCUUCCAGACCUGCGGAUAACUAUGACAACUUUGUCCUACCAGAGUUGCCAUCUGUGCCAGACACACUACCAACUGCAUCUGCUGGUGCCAGCACCUCAGCAUCUGAAGACAUUGACUUUGAUGAUCUUUCCCGGAGGUUUGAAGAGCUGAAAAAGAAAACAUAGGUCUCUUAAACCAGGCAACUUUCACAUUCUGGGAGUUGAGACUGAGCAAUUUCUCCUUGUAACAAAGAAUCUCCAUGAAAUUCCGUUUUCAUCUGUUAACUGUCACUGAGCACAACACUCCUCCUCUGGGCUCUCUUCCUGCUCCUCCAGAUUCUGCUGCUUUCCAGUUCUCUGUUGAUCUUGAGACUAACAACUGGAGACUGAGGCCGGAGCAGCUGACUCCUGGCAGCUGUGCUUGUCUGUUUCCUGUCAGAGUGAUCCCAGGUUUCCUCCUGGCCCGUCCCAUGGUCCCUCCACAGGAGCGUGAGAGGAUGGGGAAGCACUGUGGGGAGACCACCAAAGAUGGCUGGACAGUGGGAGAGAGCACGUCGUGAAGCAUCCCAGCCUCGUGUUGAGGUUGCAGACUUAGAAACAAACCUCUCUGUACAGGGGGAUUGUGAGUGAGAAUCAAGGCCACAGUGUGUAUUUUCUCACUCUCGAAUGCAAGUGGGAGAGAGAAAGUGACUCAGGACGCCAUUGUAACUGUUCCUGGAAGCUGGGCCCUCUCAUUGGCAUACACACUACUCCUUGCCGCAGGGCACCAUCCCACCGGGAUCCAGUUGCAAAGUUUGUCUCCACAGUUGAAGGCCUCGCUUAGAUGUACUGGAUUCUCAGGGAGCCCUCUGUGGCCUUUUUGCUUUGAGUGCUGUGUUCCCCUUGUACCAGAGGGCGGCACUGUGGAAAUUGUUUUCCCCGUAGCAUAUUCUGUUGGAUUGCAUUACUGGCAGAGAAAGGACAAGUUGCCAUUCAAGUCUAGGGUGGGCUUCCAGCUGCCUUAAUAGAAGUACUCAAGUCUUUUGGGUAGUGAGCUGGAAAGUCUACAGGAAAAGAGGGGUACCUGUUUUCAUUUGAAAACUUUGAUUCAUGGAACCUUUAAAACUAAUCUCAGAUAAAUUUUUGGUGCCCAUGCGGCUGUAGUUGUUCACUGCUUUCCUGGAUGGAUGGGACUCUCAUGUUGUAACUUCUGUACUCCUUUGGCCCAUAGCUAAGGUCAUCCUUCCCCACAGGGGUGGCUUUGGGAUUGGAUGAUACAGCUUUUGCUUCUGUGUAGUAUACCUGUACAUACCUGCUUCAGGCAGCCUUUAAUGUUUUCAGUUGGUUUGUAUUCUGUAGCUCAGUAGCUGCUAAUAAAGUUAAAGAUCCUGUG